ACCUCUCCGUUUCCAAUCUAAUUUCUUUCACACCAUAAAAACAAUAGAGUAAACACCAUUACUAUAACUAAACCCCCUUUUUUCUUAGGCACAAUAUAUCCCCUCAAUCAAAAUGGAGAGAAGACAGUUAAAUUAUCAUGAAAAUGUGGCUGUUUUGUUGUGCGUGAUUAUAAUGAUGUCAGAAUCAUCAGCAGCAGCAGCAAGCAGCAGCAAUAGCGUGGGAGUGAAUUGGGGCACAAUGGCAACACAUCAAUUGCCUCCUUGGAGCGUGGUUGAUAUGCUGAAAGACAAUGGUUUCAACAAGGUGAAGCUGUUCGACGCCGACGAGGCCAUCUUGGAUGCAUUAUCUGGCACUUCCAUCGAGGUCAUGCUCGCCCUCCCCAACUACAUGCUGGCCGAGAUCAGCUCCGACCCCUCCAUCGCCGCCUCGUGGGUCGACGCCAACGUCACUGCUUACGCCUACCCCGGUGGAGUCAACAUCAAAUACGUAGCCGUUGGAAACGAGCCGUUUUUGAAGACGUACAACGGGACCUACUUGCAGCAGACGUUGCCAGCGUUGAAGAACAUUCAGGAAGCUAUCAACAAUGCCGGCCUCGGGUCAAAGAUCAAGGCCACGGUCCCGUUCAACGCCGACGUAUACAACUCGCCCGAGUCGAACCCAGUGCCGUCCGCGGGCGAGUUCCGCGCCGAGAUACGCGAUCUGACGGUCCAGAUCGUCCAGUACCUCUACUCCAACGACGCCCCCUUCGUCGUCAACAUCUACCCGUUCCUGAGCCUCUACGGAAAUUCCUACUUCCCCCUCGACUUCGCCUUCUUUGACGGCUACAACAAGCCGCUCCGGGACGGAAACAGCGUCUACACUAAUGUGUUUGACGCAAAUCUGGAUACCCUGCUCUGGUCGCUGACCAGAGCAGGGUACCCUGGCAUGAAGAUUGUAGUUGGUGAAGUGGGAUGGCCCACUGAUGGUGACGUCCAUGCAAAUGUACAGAGUGCUAAGAGAUUCAAUCAAGGUCUAAUCGAGCACGUGAUGAGUGGGCAGGGCACACCUCUGAGAAAAGGCAGAAUAGAUGUUUAUCUAUUCAGCCUGAUCGACGAGGAUGCCAAGAGCAUCGACCCAGGAAGCUUCGAGCGACACUGGGGGAUAUUGGAAUUCGAUGGUAGGCCUAAAUACGAGCUCGAUAUCUCGGGCUCGCAUCAGAACAGGAGCCUUGUGGCCGUGCAGGGCGUGUCCUACAUGGCGAGGCGGUGGUGCGUGUUGGACCCACGCGCCAAGGACGUUGAGUGGGCUUUGGCGAAGAAUGUGGACUACGCCUGCAGCCGGUCUGAUUGCACGGCGCUGGGCUACGGCUCGUCGUGCAAUCACCUGAGCCUGCAGGGGAACGCGUCGUACGCGUUCAACAUGUACUAUCAGUUGAAGGAUCAAAAUGAGUGGGAUUGCGAUUUCGCGGGCCUGGCCGUGAUCACGGACCAGGACCCCUCGGAUAGCAGAUGCAAGUUUCCUGUUAUGAUUGCUUAUGGCAAGCGUCCUGUGCUGAUGCUGCACAAGAAAUUGGUCAACAUUUUGCUUGUGGUUGCUGAGGGUUGUGUAGUGUUUCUGCUUCUUGUGUCUUAGGUUGUUGUGAUUGAUCUUACUCUUACUUAGAUGGAUUUAGGACAGAAACAGAGUUUCUAUUUCUAAUUUCAUUGUAUAUUGCCAUUUAAUUUCCUCUUUGUCUGAAGACAAAAGGAGGGGUGUGUUUUGUAUGUUUGAUAAGAAUCAUGCCACUCGAUUCUAAAAACGUUUAUGCAACCAUCGAUUUCGUAAUCAUA